AUGCAGCCUGCGGGCGCGGAGGGUUCAUUUUCGGCGCAGUUCAAAGCGUACUUCGCAACCGUCUACCGGUCGACAAAAGCCUCCGCAUUAGGCUUCAUGUUUUACCCGGUAACAGCGCUGACGCUUAGCAUGAAGUCCGUUUUUUGCUACCUGCUGUGGUAUGCUUACGUGGUCUUUGUGUUGCCACUUCCUGCUUCUUCGGGGUCGGGAUUCGAGAGACGAGCAGAAGAAGGCGCGACUGGAACUGCUGUUGCGCCUCGUGCAGAAGGAAAAGGACCACCAGACAAGUUCUCUUCAGCAGUACUGAGUAGGGAAACCGAACCGCGGCACGCACCACCGCCACCAGAUAUCGGUGGAAACUACCACCAUAUGUUGCCCCUCUUCGGCUUUGUCUUCGCGCAAUUGGCAAUGCUGUUCCUAUGGAUGGCAGUGGCUUUUCUCGCCGUCCGUCCAAGUCGAAAGUGGCAGACACUGAAGUGGAAACUGUUUUCAGCCUUGUGUGUACUUACGAUAAUUACCGUCGUCGGUGGCAGCGUCAGAUCAGCCGCAACUCCGGAUGCAGCUAGUACCAGUGGCACGGUGCUAUUCGGACACCUGGUUUUCGGCGAGGUUAAUUUCUACUACAGUUCGUUCUUCGGUCUCGCGGUGUGGUUUUGCUACUUCCUGUUUUUUCUCUCGCUGUUCUCGGUCAUCACAGAGGUGCACCGCAACGACCAAGCCUGGAGCUCCGACCAAUCGCGGUGGUUCUUCCGGUACCUGCUCCUGGUAGGAUUGUGGUACGUGAUGCAGUACAUGCUUCCCCUGUUCCUCUCCCUGUUGCUUCCUUCCUAUCUGGCUUCAAAGUAUAUCGUCACGGUGCAACUCGCCGCCCGACUAACGGGGAUCCUCGUCGUUUUGCACUUGGACCGGGAGUACGUACAGAGAAAGUUUGAGGUCGGACAUGGAAUAAUUGGGCGAGGCAGUCCAAGUGGAUCUCGUGCGACAGGGCCGCCGAUGGGGGCCAAUUAUUCCGCAAGAAAUCAGCCUUUCCUGCAGCAGAGUUACUACGUCUUUGGGAGAAACGAGUCAAAUAACAUGACAAGCAUACCACUUGGAACCACGGCACCGUUGGACGACAUGCGUUUUGAAUCUUCUCACACUAGCACUGCAACGACCACUUCGUCGCACACCGGCGCUUCAUCGAUCGUGGUACACGCGUCACAGGCAGAGACUGGCGGUCACAGGAGUCCUCGAGCGCGUACGAACAGUAACAGUCCGAAGAAUCGUGACCAGCACAACGAGAUGAAGAGCAACAGGCUCACAGCAGCACCAACCCCCCAGAGCACAACCAGUCCCAAAGAUAGUCCCCUGUCACCGAGCGCCAGCGCUGCUGUCGGAAGAAGCCGCGUGUAUAACGCUACGAGAUAUGAGGAAGUAGCUGCAGCUGCACGUGUCGGCUCAUCCACCGCAACAGUGGAUGGAGGCGAAAGCGGAACUGAAACAGAAGCAGUGGCUGGGUUGCAAGCACCGAAUUUAGACCCCCUACCACCCGGAUUCAGGGGGUCCUUCGCCUCAUCUGUGCCCAGCAAUUCCUCACAAAAUCAGAGAGAUAUCCCUCAGGAAUAAAGUAGCAAACGCCGCAAAUACGAUGAAGUGACAGCGAUUACUUACACAGGAUGAGCUAGAACUUGUCGAACAAAAUAUGUUCCAGAUAAACUUGAACAUCAACAUGCGUGAAUUAACCCGAGGCGCUGGCCUGUAGGGACUCGAGCUCGCAAUUUUCUGACGAAGCAGGAAGUGCGUCAUUCUCAUUCCUCCAAAAGU